AUGAGUCAGAUUAGCAGUGAAUCAGAUAAUGACCUUCAGAUUGAAAACUCGUCUUUAGAGAGUACUCCUUUCGCAAGUCCACAAUUAGGAAAUCCCGAGGACUAUCCACUUCGUCAGCAACUACUAAAGACAUUUGCGUUAUAUAUUCUAAAAGAUAGUUCGCCGAAAUUGUUAUCAGAUUCAAACCUCUUUCCUGAAACACAGAUGAACCAGCCACCAUAUAUUCCAUUAUUUACUCGGUCAAAGACUGAUAUGGCCACGCAAACAAUCAAACCCGCCAGUGAUUCAUCACCCGAAGAUAACCCUCCUACAAGGCUCCGUCAACAUCAACCUCGCAGGACACUCCAUCGGAAGAAGACGUCGAUUUCAUCCCUCUAUAACAAGAUUUCAACCGACGAAGCACAUAAUGAUGGCAUGAGCCAAGCUGUCAUUAAAUCAUAUUUCGAUUUUGGAGAAGGUUUAUUACUACGUUAUAAAUACCAUAGGAAAACUAAUCGAAAGCGCAAAUCUCUGAUCCUAGUUAACAAUGAACUCAAGUCAGAUCGCGCUGAUUUUCGGUGUGGGCCAGGUGCUAAUUAA